AUGUCUACAGAUCCAUUCGAAAGCGAUCCCAAAGUCUCCAUUACACCUCUCCUGAAGCGUCUUUGGCACGAGUCCCCAACGACUAAGCCAGAUGCUGAUGAGAUCGCAGCAGCGCUUUCCCUAGUCUUUACCAACAGUCUAUCAGAGGUUCAGACGGGAGCAUUGCUAACAUGUCUUCACUUUACGGAUCGUGACAGACAGGCAGAUGUUCUGGCAAAAUGCUCACAGGCCAUGCGCGACUUCUCUACUGGAAUGGAUGUCGAAAGUCUCAACGAGUUGAUCAAGACAAGGGGCAGAAAGGAGGGGACCUAUGGUGGUGGUUUAUGUGACAUUGUUGGCACAGGCGGCGACUCGCAUAAUACCUUCAACAUCAGCACAACCUCAUCCAUCUUGGCAAGUGCCCUGCUUAUGAUCGCAAAACACGGGAACAAGGCAUCAACAUCCCGCUCCGGCUCUGCAGACUUGUUAUCCUGCACGCCACCGACCCCACCAGUCAUCACCGCUGUGGCACCGAAAACCAUCCAUGAAAUCUACUCAAGCACGAACUAUGCCUUUCUAUUCGCGCCAAUUUUCCAUCCUGGAGCCCGGCAUGCUGCUUCGAUCCGGCGUCAGUUAGGAUGGCGCACCAUCUUCAACCUUUUGGGUCCUCUAGCUAAUCCUUUGCACGACCUGAUCGAAGCAAGAGUGCUGGGCGUUGCAAGAAAAGAGAUCGGUCCCGAUUUUGCCGAGUCAUUGAGACUAUCCGGAUGUAGAAAAGGCCUGAUCAUCUGUGGCGAUGAGGAACUGGACGAGUUAUCAUGCGCUGGUCCCACACACUGCUGGCGCUUGGUAGAAAAUAAAUUGACAGGCGCGGUCGACAUCAAUUACUUCACAGUGACGCCCGCCGACUUUGGCCUUCCGGAACAUCCCCUGAGCGAGGUCAGCCCUGGCCAAUCUCCAGAGAAGAAUGCAUCCAUUCUUAUGAAGAUCUUGAGUGGCGAAGUACCGCCUGAUGAUCCAAUUCUGCACUUUGUCUACAUCAAUACAGCGGCUUUGUUCGUGGUGAGUGGGAUCUGUGAUGCAGAUACUAGCGAUAUGGGCCAUGGUGACGAUGGCAAGGUCAUCACUGAAGUGGGACCAGGAGGUGGACGUUGGAAGGAGGGUGUCAGGAGAGCGAAAUGGGCCAUUGAGAGUGGAGAGGCUUACCGGCAGUGGCAGAAAUUCGUAGAGGUCACGAACAAGGUGGCCUAG